AUGGCUUGCUUCAAACUUAAUAUCCUAAUUCUUGCAUCUCUCUGUUCUUUCCUUUUCCUUUCCAACCCAGCGCACUGUAACAAAGUGGACAUUGUACUGAAGGGAAUCAACAGCUACAGAGAGACAAAUAAUGUUGCACCACUGAACAAAAAUGACAAGGCAAGUUGUUUAGCUAAUGAAGUUGCUGAAGAAAUACAAGACACACCAUGUGAAAAAGUGAAUCAAUACUACCCAACUUCUGGUCCUGGUGGAAACCAAAUAAUUCAUAAUUUGCAAAGACAUAUAGAUAAAUGUGAUAUUAACAUGAACACUACAACAGAUGGAGUCAUUCUACCUGUUUGUGUGCCUAAAUUGGAACCAACUGUUGUGUUAUAUAAUUACACUCAUAAUGAUAUCUAUGCAAAGUUUCUCAACAAUUCAAAGUACACUGGAGUUGGACUUAAUUCUGAGGAUGAUUGGAUGGUUCUUGUUCUUACUACUACUACACCUACUGGAACUUUCUCUGCAGCAACUUCUCUUCAUGCUAAUCUUGUUUCGAUGGCUUUCUUGUUUGUGGUGAUUCUCAUCAUCAACUCUAAACCUUGA